UUUCUCUCCUUUUACUUUUCUUUUAAAAUUUUACAUUUAUCUCGCUUUACACAUUCAUCCCCUCCAUGAAAUUUUAUCACUAUAUUUUUCGUCUUUAUCAGUCUUUUAUGAUUUUAUGGUUUUUUUGCUUUGGCUCUCUCGCUUGCACUUGGUUUAUUUUACUGCGUUUUACCACCCUCUUUCACCCGCUGCUAGUAUACCGCCGCCACUUUCACCGCACAUACAACCAACAACGUCUGCGGUGAAGCAGUGCUGACCUGUGUCUAUACUGAUCCCUCUCUUUCUUUCAUUUUUUUAUAUACCUUAAAACAUACCGUUCUCUCUCUCAGCCUUUGUUGUUGUUGUUGUUGUACAUAUACCAAUUGUAAAUACCUACUCAUUAAAGCCACUAACUUUGUUACACAUUGUUCAACGCCUCUUUUUCCCCAGCGUAUAAAAUAUAUACCAUGUCUUAUGGAGAAACAAGUAAUCAUCGCACGAUGGCCGAAAUGGGGGUAAAUUCGGCUACGAAUGCAAUUAUUGUCGAUUUGCGAAGUGAUACAAUCACAAAGCCUUGCUUGGCAAUGAGACAAGCAAUGUUUUCUGCUGAAGUUGGUGAUGAUGUUUGUGAAGAAGAUCCAACUGUUAUAAACUUAGAAAAAACAGCAGCCAAUUUACUAGGCAAAGAAGCUUCAUUAUUUGUAACAAGUGGAACAAUGGGCAAUUUAAUUUCCAUAAUGGUUCAUUGUAACACAAGAGGAUGUGAAAUUUAUGUAGGUGAAGAUUCACAUAUUGUUGCUCAUGAACAAGGUGGAUCAUCACAAAUUGCUGGAGUAAUUUUACGUACCUUUCCAAAUAAUCCAGAUGGUACAUUUGAUUUAAAUAAAGUUAAAGAAAAAAUUCAUGAUCCUAGUGAUGCCCAUUAUGCUAUUCCAAAAAUGAUUGCUAUUGAGAAUACAAUAUCAGGAAAAGCAUUGCCAAUGAGUUGGAUAAAUCAAGUUGUAGAAUUUGCAAAAAAAUAUAAUUUAAAACUUCAUAUGGAUGGUGCAAGAUUGUUCAAUGCUGUCACAAAAACUGGUCUAUCAGCAAUUGAAAUUACUAGGCAAUUUGAUUCAGUAACAUUUUGCCUUAGCAAAGGUCUUGGAGCACCAGUUGGUUCUAUGCUUUGUGGAAGCAAAGAAUUUAUUAAACAAGCAAGACGAGUUAGAAAAGUCUUGGGUGGUGGUAUGCGUCAGUCUGGUGUACUUGCUGCUGCUGGUCUUAUUGCACUAGAAAAUAGAUUUAAAUUAAAUAAAGAUCAUGAAAAAGCAAAAAUUAUUAUGGAUACUAUCAAUAAUACUGGAUCAAGUCUAUUUAAAGUUUACUCACAUGGUCAAGAGACAAAUAUGGUAUUAAUUUAUAUUAAUAAUAAAACAAAAUUAACAGCAAAAUUAUUUGCUGAACGUCUUGGUCAAGUUAUUGAUGAUGACAAUGAUGAUAAAACAAUCAUUAAAGCUUGGUCGGUUUCACCUGAAUUUGUAAGACUUGUUUUUCAUCUUGAUAUAAAUGAUGAAAUGUUAAUAGCUGCACAAAAAAAAAUUACAUAUCUCAUAAAAAAAUAUGAUACAAAAUGUAUUUAGUCAAAAAUAAAAAUUUU